AUGGAAGCUAAACUACGUAGACACGUAAUCAUGGUACCAUUCAUGGCGAAAGGUCAUCUCCUACCCUUCUUAGAAUUAGCUCAUCGAAUCCUCCAUCACAACGCCAACCUCACCAUCACCAUCGUCAACACCCCUUUAAACAUCAACUACCUCCGCUCCACCAUCGCCAACGACCCCACUCCUCCCCCUCAAAUCCACCUGAGAUCUCUCCCCUUCAACAGCUCCGACCACGGCCUCCCUUCUAACUCUGAAAGCACCGAAGGCCUAACCUUCACCCAAAUCAUCAAACUUUUCUAUGCCUCCACCACCCUCGAAGCUCCACUACGUGAGUUCAUCUCCGAUGUCAUUGUAAAAGAAGGAACUGCUCCCGCUUGUAUAAUUUCUGAUAAUUUCAUGGGUUGGGCUAAUGAGGUAGCAAGAUCUUUCGGAACUGUUAAUUACACAUUCACCACCGGCGGCGCUUAUGGCACAACCGCAUUUUGUUCCAUUUGCAUGAAUCUUCCUCAACGGAAUAUUGCAGAUGGAGGCACCCACGACCAUUUUCCGGUGCCGGGGUUCCCGGAAUUUUUUCAGUUUUCGAUCACGCAGCAUCAUCCGUAUUACAGAGCUGCUGAUGGUAAAGAUGAAUGGUCAAUAUACUUCCUCCCUCAGCUCUCUCACUGUCUUCAAUCCAACGGCUGGUUGUGUCAUACAGUUGAAGAGAUAGAAACCACAGGAUGUGAAGCCUUGCGAAACUUCACAAAGCUCCCUCUUUGGUGUACUGGCCCACUCCUCCCAUCAAAAAUGUUAAAAACAAACUCGGGUAUGGAUACGGGUUCGGGUGUUAAUGUUAUAGGUCAACCUGAAAAAUGCAUCAAAUGGUUGGAUUCGCAUGCUCAAGGCUCAUUGCUCUACGUUUCAUUUGGAUCUCAAAACACACUUAGUGAAAUCCAAAUGAUGGAAUUAGCAAAAGGGCUUGAAGAGAGCAAGAAGCCUUUUAUUUGGGUGAUUAGGCCUCCAAUCGGGUUUGAUAUCAAAAGUGAGUUCAAACCCGAAUGGUUGCCUUUGGGUUUUGAGGAUAGAAUUAGAAACCAAGGAUUGUUGGUGCACAAUUGGGCACCUCAAUUGGAUAUACUAUGCCACCAGUCAACCGGAGCUUUCUUGAGCCAUUGUGGGUGGAACUCGGUGAUGGAGAGUCUAAGCCAAGGGGUGCCAUUGAUCGGGUGGCCGUUGGCGGCAGAACAAGGGUUCAAUGCAAAGAUGUUGGUGGAGGAGAUGGGUGUCUGUGUGGUGUUAAGGACAGGGGUGGUGGAGAGUACGAUCGGGAAGGAGGAGGUGAAGAAGGUGAUCGAGGUGGUGUUGGAUAAAAAUGAAGACGGAAAAGGGAAUGACAUGAGAAAGAAAGCAAGUGAAUUAAGAAAAUUGAUGCAUGCAAGUGUUAAUGGUUCUUCUUACAAAGCAAUGGCUGACUUUGUGUCAACCUUUUCUUCUAUUUAA